GCGUGGACAACGCAAGUGAAAUCGCAUUGAGACCAAAGUCUUCUGCAUCGAAGCUUGAACUACUUUGUCCGCCUAGGGAAGCUAAAGCGAAUAGCCGCGCCUCCGAACAUCCUCCUCUGAUUCUUCCUGCCAUCGACCAGAUCUGCAGACCACUCCCUCUCCGUUGCUCCUAUGCUGCAUGCCACCAGUCCACCAGUUCUUGUGUCGGAAUGCCGCCUGUGGUCGUCAUGAUGCCUCGAUAUACCUCAAUCUCCAUUCAAUCCCUCGGAGACGUCAACCCAGAUCCCUGGCAGGUACCUUAGCACAGCUUGCUACCGUUCACACCUCUUCUCGAGAUCCUCCAAGUACCUUCUUGACGGAACCGAACGUUGAUAUCAAGAGUCUCCACAAUACCCUACGUGCCCAUCGCGAAACAAAUCGCGCAUCAGUUAUCCGAAAGACUUACAAAGAUCGCCCACCCGUACGGAUACGUGAUUCCGAUGUAGGACUCCCAUCUCUUGAGGUCAAGACUCCGGUACUGCGAAGAGAAGCAUCCCGGUUCAAAAGGGUGGAACUUGCUCCGUUCAAGGGAUUUAAAGGCACAAGUCGCAAUCUGGAUCUGCUGUGGCGUAUCAAUGAUACCGAGAAGGAUCCCCCCUUACACUAUCGUCUUCCGUGGCUCCGUCAUCUCCACGACCCAGAACCAGACGUUUAUACCUCUGCUGUCGAGCGGCUCGGCGAUGAAAUUCGCGCUUUCGAAAAGUAUACCUCUCCUUCAAAGGAAGAGCAGCGCGCUGCGGACGAUGCUUUCCACGAUCUUGCCGAGUGCGUGAAGGAGAUCGCAGGAGACCUCCAUGUCGAUAUCAUCGGGUCUCGUGCUACCGACCUGGCAGAUCCUCUAUCCGAUCUGGAUAUUAAUGUUUCCGGCCCAGGACGACCAGGUUCGCUGACAAGCCCCGCGCAAUUAUCUUCUGUCGCCGUACUCAACAAGCUCUACAAAAUGUUUCGUUGGCCUCCCAAGACAGCGAAUCUCUUCCACUUUCGCCCCAUCGAAGUCCAGCUUUAUCUCAAACAAGCUCGUGUGCCCAUUCUACUUUGUCAGCACAAGGCAUCCGGGCUCCCGAUUCAAAUCCAAUCCACACCCCGAACAUAUGACAGCCGCGAAUACGUGAAAGCGUCGUUGAAAGAAUACCCCUCUCUGAGAGGUCUUUUCAAGGUGCUCAAACAACUUCUACAGAUGCGUGGUCUCACAGUUGGCAGCAGCGGAGGGAUAACAUCCUACCCACUAUUUCAGAUGAUUGUUGCCGCGCUGAAGUUCUCCGAGGGCAAGUUCCACCGUGCGGAUGUAGGUAACCAGUUCCUUUUCUUCUUGGAUUUCUACUCGGACAUCGACUUUUCUACACACGGCAUUGCUACCGAACCUCUCGAGUUGUUUUCAAAGAGUGUUGUGCGUAGCCGCAACCUCAGUGAGGGGCUCCAGAAGGCAGUCGCGCAGUCUCAUACAGCUUCCGGCGAACGCUCUGAUUCACGCGUCGCAGCCUUUCAUGGACCGGGUCGAAAGGGGGUUCGGGACGGGACGGAAUAUCUCAUGACGCUUCAGGACCCUGUGAACCCCAAAAACGAUCUUGGGAAGUCUGGUUUUCGGAUCAACGAUGUGCAGGAAACCUUUAUUGCCAUUCGGGCGACGCUGAAGACCGCAAUGGCCGACUGGGACAAGAAUCUGCAGACAUGGCAGCAGUCAGAACAGCGACGACGAGCGCGGUCGUUACUUGGACCUUGUGUGGGUGGUGAUUACCGAAUAUACGAGCACGAGAGAGACGACUUGCGUCGUUUGGGACACCAUUCGUUGGAAGCCGCGGCCGCGGCCGUUAUUGAGGCUCCAUAAGUGGCCGGGUUCUGGUCGUUGUGGACAGCUCGAUUUGUUAUCAUAAAUACAAGGCUAUGGGAAUCGAUGCGUCACCCGCUUCCUCAUUCCUGAUGGGUCCAUUCAUCUGUACCCAGCAUCUGCUUUUGAUGCAAGUCAAGCUCCCAUAGUAGGAGCUUGCCGGAAAGAUUAGCGCUAAUCCCUACUCAACUUUCCCCCUUGAGCCCUGCGCAUACCAAUACCGACGAGGCCAGUUUCAGCGAAAAAAAGACCCCUCGACCUGCUGAACUCCCUCCGCGCCACUCAACCAACUAACCCGGUCUUUUACAAACUGCUCCACUUGGGGCUUCAACUUUGUCUCAUGCAAAUGGAAGUCGUCCACUGUACCGAUACGCAACACGAGCAUGUCUGGAUUGCGGGAGCUGAUGCGAUACAUGAGCGUGCCACACGUGGAGCAGAAAUAGUUGGUCAUGGUGUUCCCCGAGGCAAUGGUCUUGGAUUGGCUGAACACGGUCAGGUUGUCUUUGCCACGCAGGUGGGUUACAUCAGGGUCGGCGACGACGAAGUUCGAUGCAAACAUGGAGGCGGUGAUCUUGCGGCAGUCGGUGCAGUUGCAGACGAAACUUGUGAUGAGACCCGGUUUUUCGACGGGGAAUUUCAGCUGUACGGCGCCGCAGAAGCAGGUCGCUGUCGCUUCUCCCUCUUUGGACCAGCCAUCAUCGGCGCUACCAGCAAGAGGAAUGUAGGGCUUGGAUUUGUCGGUGCCUUCUUGAGCGGACAUGAUUGUUUGCUUAUGGAUGGCUGUCAAGCGUGAUGCAGGACUCGAAAUCGGCAUAGGCUUCUGCACUGAAUUCUUAUGCAAGAAUGAGUUUUAGAGCAACAGGAUACUCAGGUUGAGGUUGGGUGCUGUCUUCUGGUGAUAGAAGUUGCACUCUUAUAUAGGCCAGGCAGACAAUGGGCAUCGCCAAUUGCGGGGGUCGACAGUCGCCGAAAAGCCUCAAGAACAAUAUUCUAUUUGUCAUAUUCGAGCGAGCGACCGGUUGGUGAUCUAAUGGCUCCUAUACAUCGGUUUCCUUUCUGGACCGAUAUUUUCCAUAUGAGGAGAGAGCAUAUCUAGUAUCGAAUGAUUGCUGUGGUCGAGGAAUGGAG